AUUUUCUUCACUAUAUAUUAAGGUUCCCACAAAACAAAACUACUGGUCUUGAAACCCUUUUAUACUUUUCUUUCCUUCAAAAAGCUCUAUACCAUCCUCCUCUAUUCUCUAAAAUGGCCAAGACCCUCCAAAACCUUAGUUCUACCUACACCAUUCUCAUAACCAUUUCCUUCUUCUUCCUCUCAACCCUUGUUGCUUCAGAGACUCACCGUUUCUCAAGGCCGUUAUCUUCAUCAAAACAUGGUCUAAAGAAAGAGAAACUAAGCCAUCUUCACUUCUACUUUCAUGACAUAGUGAGUGGCCGAACCCCCACGGCUGUUAAAGUGGCUGAGGCACCCAUUACAAACACUUCCAUGACUGGCUUUGGCACCGUGGUCAUGAUGGACGAUCCAUUGACUAUUGGCCCUGAAUCGAACUCUAAGCUAGUUGGAAAAGCCCAAGGUAUUUAUGCUGUAGCUUCACAAAGUGAGGUGGGGUUUUUGAUGGCCUUGAAUUUUGUUUUUGUUGAAGGGAAGUAUAAUGGUAGCACUCUUAGUGUGUUGGGGCGCAAUGCCGUGUUGUCAGCCGUUAGGGAGAUGCCGAUAGUAGGCGGAAGUGGCCUUUUCCGAUUUGCUCGUGGCUAUGCUCAUGCUAGCACUCACCAGUUUGACAUCAAAACUGGAGAUGCUGUUGUGGAAUAUAAUGUUUAUGUCUUCCAUUAUUAAUUGGUGUGCGCGUUAUUUGCUUUUCUAACUUUUCUGUGGCUUAUACAUAUGAAUCUUGAUCAGUCUUGUGGCUCAAUUAAUUUUCCAAUCCCCUGCUGAUUCUUGAUUCUUUCACGUUUGAGUCCUAUGUAAAAGAAGAUUCGAUAAUCUAGCUAUCACAUUGCUAUAAUUUGUAAUACCAUUGAUUACUGUCACAUUUGUAAGUACUUGUAUACGCAUGAUGCGUGUAGCUUGUGCAUAUCUCAAAAGUGACCUUGUUCAA